CCUCUCCCUCAAUCCAAAAGAAAAUAAUGUCACGUCUAACAACAGAUCUUAGUGCUCACCUAGCACUGGUAACAGGCGCCAGCGGCGGGAUCGGCAAAGCUACUUGCCGGGCGUUGGCGGCACUAGGAUGCUCCAUCGCGGUACAUUAUCAUUCCUCGGCUGCUGCAGCGGAGGAGCUGGUACAGGAAUUGAGAGGCUUGGGUGUUAAGGCAGAGAAGUUCCAGGCGGAUCUGACGCAUUAUGAUCAGGUCCGCGCCCUCCACGCCAAUGUAACAGCCAGCAUGGGCGCGCCCACCAUCCUCUUCAACAAUGCCGGGCUCACGCUCCGCUUCAACAUCACCUCCCUCUCCGAGAUCAGCAUCGACGAUUUCGAGCACGUGUGGCGCGCCAACUGCGGCUCCGCCUUCCUACUGACCCAGCUCUGCGUCCCCGAGAUGGAGAAGCAGGGCUGGGGCCGCGUGAUCUUCUGCUCCAGCGUUGCGGGCUUUACCGGCGGCGUUGUAGGGCCGCACUACGCGUCUUCGAAAUCCGCUCUCCAUGGCUUGAUUCAUUGGAUGGCAGGCGCCUAUUCUAAAACUGGCAUCACGGUCAAUGGCGUGGCGCCCGCGCUGAUCCAAGAGACGACGAUGCUACCCGGCAAGUCCGACGAGCUGGCGAAGAAGAUUCCGAUCGGUCGACUUGGAUACCCGGAAGAGGUCGCGGAGACGGUUGCGUGGAUGGUCAAGACGGGAUAUGUGACUAACAAGAUUGUUGGUAUUGAUGGGGGACUUUUCCCUCAAUAAUUGAUAUGUGUAGAUGUAGGAAAGAAUGAUGAGA